CCGGGCCUGUCGCCACCACUACCUUUCUUGUAGGCCGCUCACCCCCAAUUGGUUCUCAUCGGCGAAUCCAUCUCUCAAUACCCACGACAUCACGCCCAUGGCAGACUCGGGAGCCGGCGUAGCAGAGGUCGGGGCGCAACCCCAGGACCAUGCUCUCGCGUCGGCCGUGCCCGGGAAUCCCAACACGAACACACACACCAUCGCUUCUCCAGUGACGGGUGCGGAGACAUUAACUGCUAUUCAGGGAGAAGGUGGAGAUAUCACCCACGGCGGAGGAGGAGGAGAGCUUCCUGCGGCCUUUCCCAAGAGACGUCGCGGUCGUCCUCCCGGUCGCCCAAAUAGGACAGUCAAGGAGGAUGAUUACCAGGAGAAUCCGCUGGUCAAGGCGUGGAACGCGGCCAAGGAGGAGCAACCCCUGGCGGCUGUCGCCAUCCGAGUCAAAGACGCCCUUACUGCAGACUCUCUUGUCCACGAUACCCAAAGGGCCAUCUUUAACGACUGUCCCAGCCGCGAAUACAUCUACUUUGUCAACGGAUGGAUCACGGCCCGCCACAUUGCCUCUCAGCGGCCCAGUUACGUCAACGGUCUGCUCAUUCACUCACGCGGCACAGAUGCCCCGGUGCAGUGCACCCAGUGUGCUGAUCGCCGCACCAAGAAUGCCUUGGGUCCCUUCAUAGUUUGCCGGAUCUUGCCCGGGAGCUUCCACAACAGCUGUUCGAACUGCAAGUGGUUCGACAACACGUCAGCCUGCUCGCUGUAUACGGGCCCUACCCCCAACCGAAAGCGCAAAGCCAAGGCCCUUUCAGCUGGACCGAACCCUGAGGAGAACAAUAACACCAACGGGACUCCCAGUGUCGGUGCUGAUCAGCAACAUGUAGCCCCAGACCAGACGGAGAUGGCUCACCAGAACCCCCAGUAUACGUCCAUGCAAUUAGGCGUGAGAAUGGCGGCCCCAGAGGCGGAUAUGGAGGGAACUCAGGAACUCCAGGGACUUGGUGACGCCCACGAGUUACAACACCAUGACGCAGUGGAAGAGUCUCAGGGCGAUCAGCUAUCAGCCGGGGAUGAUGAUGACGACGACGAUGAAGAUAACUCUGUCGACGCUCAGCUUGCCGCUCAGCUUCUUCCCGAGAUUCAUGGGCACAAUGAUCACCGGGGCUAGGUACCGUUGAAUGACAUAUAUUUCACGCUUCUCGGUUCUUCCUGAACAAACAAUACUAGGGAUAUUUCUAACUGGGUUUGCUUUACGGUUUCCUUCCCACUGGCGCUUUUCGACGUGCAGGAGUUUUUGUUAUGGGGUUUGCAUUUCUUUCUUUUUUGUUGUUUCCGAUCAUCUGUCGUAUGCUCUGGGAUAGAUUCGGUAGGGUUAUUGACUCCUGGUAUUAAACCACGAUAUCUGUAAGGCGUGGAACGGGGAGGACGUUAUG